AUGGCCGUCCCCAAAGUUGCACCAGCUGAGAGAACGCCAGUCAUCGACCAGUCCAAGACCAGCAUUUUGCAUCCCAACAUCCACAGAAAGCCGCCGCCGAUUGUAGCCUCUGGCAAAGGGUCGUACUUGAUACUCGAAGAUGGCCGCCGCAUCUUUGAGGCGUGUGCAGGCCCUGCCGUCGCCUGUCUCGGCCAUGGGAACACUGAGGUUACUCAGGCUGUUGUCGAGCAGAUGCAGAGCGUGUCCUACUGCUUUGCCUUGAAUCAGUCCAACCGGCCGGCCGAAGAACUCGCCAAGGCGGUGAUUGAGACUACGAAUGGAAAGCUUGCAAAAGGAACCAUCAUGAGCUCUGGCUCGGAGGCUGUCGAGGCAGCAAUGAAACUCGCAGUAAAGUACUUUGCGGAACUUGGCGUACCCAAUAGGGCGGGCUUCAUAGCCCGAGCGGGUGCCUUUCACGGAACCACUCUGGGCUCACUUGCGUUGAGCGGCAAAGUCGCGUUCCGUAAACCGUUUGAGCCGCUCCUCAAGAGCGACAUGGUAUCCUUUGUCUCGAUGCCCAACAUGUAUCGCGGCAUGCUCGAUGGCGAGACUACGGAGGAGUACGUCGAGAGACUGGCGUGUGAGCUCGACGCCGAAUUCGAGCUUCGCGGACCCAACAAUGUCUGUGCCUUUAUUGCAGAAACGGUCAGCGGAAGUGCACUGGGCUGCCACACUGCGCCUCCGGGAUACUUCAAGGCUAUCAAAGCGGUAUGCGACAAGCAUUCGGCACUGCUAAUCCUUGACGAAGUUUUCUGCGGCAUCGGCCGCACGGGGACCUACCAUGCCUGGCAACAGGAAGAUGUGAUCCCCGACAUCCAGACAGUAGCAAAGGGCGUCGCUGGCGGGUACGCACCCGUCGCAAUGAUGCUCGUUCAUCAGAGGGUGGUCGAUGCCAUCGACGGAGGAUCCGGCGUCUGGAACCACGGGCACACUUUUAGCUCGCACCCCGUGGCAUGCGCAGCGGGUGUUGCCGUUCAACGUAUCAUCAAGAGGGAAGGUCUCGUGGAAAACUCGAUGCGCAUGGGAGAGCGUCUGGGAGCGGCUCUGCGCGCUGCUCUGAGCGGUCAUCCCAAUGUUGGGGACAUUCGAGGCCGGGGGCUGAUGUGGGCGGUCGAGUUCGUCAAGGAUAAGGCCACGAAGCAGCCUUUCCCUGCAGAGGAUGCCAUAUCUGCUAGGAUAAGUCAGACUGGUCUCUCUGAGCCAUGGAACGUUUAUUUCUAUCCAGGAGCUGGAACUGCCGAUGGUAUUUCUGGAGACCACAUUACAAUUGCUCCUGCAUAUACUGUCAGCGAGAAAGAGGUGGAUCUGAUUGUUGCCAAGCUCCAUGGACUUUUGCUUGAUGUUCUCGGCUGA